AAAAAAAAGACCAAACACUUCGAAUUCCUUUCCAAAAAAAUACUAAGCCGGGUGACAAAUUCGAAAUUGAUAAAGUUUUAAGAAAGGAUGAAGAAUUUGGUCAGCCUUAUUUACCCAUUAAAUUGAUUGCAGAAGAAGAAAUUAGGAGAGCAAUUCGAGAAAGGUUAAAUCGCUUUACUUUUCCUUGCCCUCAUUGUCGAGAACAUAUUAAGGACGAAGACUUUGGAAAAGAACAGCAGGCUUUUCAUUAUAUUAGUGAAAUUAUAAGGAAGACCUUAGAGGAACAAAUUAUUCCGCA